AUGUCGCGCUGCCGCAGCGGCUCCCCGUCCCUUCCCUCUCUCUCCACCUACACCACCCCCUCCGACUCCCACCAUGGAGCCAGGGAAGAAAGCGCCGAGUUGGAAGAGGGUGGACUCCUUCCUUCUCAUGCUCAACAAGGCUCUACUCAUGAGUCACCACAAGCCGUGGUGCCUACGGGCACCCAGGAUACGGCAAGCUCUCCGUCUACGGGCACCCAUAUCUCCAUUGAGAACGGUGACUCCCAAGAGGAGUGGUGGUCCGGUUUGGACAAUGCCGCCAUCAAAAAGCGAUGGUUAGAGCUGGGUAUGCCAAAGUGCAGAGUCUGCGGGAAGCAGCACCAGCCGCCUCACUCUGAGGAACUCCUCGAGAAGGCACGCGUGGGUCAUGAGGCCAGGACGGCCAAGAACCUCGCGGCCAGGCAGCAGAAAGAGCAGCGAAAGCAGAACCAGCCCGUCUGUGACAGGUGUGGUAAGCAACAUGCGCCACCCUGCCAUGCUGUGCACUGCACGCAGUGCGGACAGAUGCACUUGGCCUUUAGGCCUUGCCCAAGUUCGGCUGCGCCUGCGCCUGUACCUUCACCUGCGCCCUCUUCAAUGUUAUCUGAUGAUAGUAUCGAGACAUUGCUCAAGGCCGUGUCCGGUGUCUCUCGUGAGGCCGCUCGCGCCAUCACGCGCCGUUGGUUGGACCUGAACUUGGCCAACACGAGCGACGUGCCUGCGCCAGCGCCACCGCCAGUUCCGCUGUCCCCCGGAGAGCUUAGCAUCGAUGGGUUCGCUAGGGCAAUGAUAUUUGCCCCAAACAAUGACAUCGCUCGCGCGGUUGCGCGCCGUUGGUCAGAGCUGAACUCGGCCAACGCGAACGACGGAGCGCUUGUGCCUGCUCCUGCGCCUGCGCCUACAUCUGCGUCUGCGCGUGCUCUCCCCAGCCCGGAUAGCAUCAGAGCGAUGCUCGCGGCGGUACAAGCUGCCAGCGGUGAUCAGGCUUUAGCUACGGCUAUCGCCCGGCAAUGGGCAAGGGACCUCCCGUCACAGCCCGUGGCCAGCAACAACCCUCCGACCCGCGGACAUGGUGGAAACCGUGGUGGUCGUUCUGAGAGGAGCAGCCGCGGCGGUAGUGGCAGCAGAGGCCGUGGUGGUCGCAGCGACAUGUCUAUGAGGGACCGCUCAAGGUCUCCUCAAGCCGACAACGCGGACCGCUCGCGCAGAGAGCGCUCGCCCGCCUCCCGCCGCAACAGAGGUGGCAGGGUACAUGGCAGAGGACACGGUCACGGUCGUGGUAAUGGUAGGGGUGGCUCUGGCUCUGGCGCCGCCAACACUGGAAAUUGA